UUUGCAUGCUGUGACAUGUUUGAUUCAUAUGUGUAAAAAUAGUAUUUUUCUUAAAAAUCCACCGAUCAGAGUCAAUAUAUAGUGAAUGAAAUUCCUUCUCAUACCACCUACACAUACAUACAAUCUGUUAUCUUAACACCGUUUCACACCACAUGUCUCUUACACACUAGAGCAAAUACCUACUUUAAAAACUGUUAACGUUAAUUAGAUGACCUAUUUAGUAUAUAGUUAACCAGAGAACCAUGUACCAAUUUUGAUGUUUGAUCAUAAUUGCUUGAAAAAAGUUGGACAAGAUUACCAGAUAUUUAAAAUAUGACCGGUGAAGAAUCGAUAAAAAUUAAAUUAAUCCUGUUAGGAGAUUCAGGUGUGGGGAAGACAAGUUUAAUUCGUCGAUUUGUUGAUGACCGAUUUACACACAAUGAAGCGGCGACAAUCGGUUUCGAUUUCAAACCAUAUCAAAUGAUUGUAGACGGAAGAACAAUUCAGUUUAAUAUAUGGGACACAGCUGGUGUUGAACGAUACAGUAGUUACUUGACUCCUUCUCUUUACCGCCACGCUCAUGGUGCUCUUUUUGUAUACGAUGUUACUUCUGCACAAAGUCUUUCCGGAGUGAAAUACUGGGUAGAACAAACCAGACAAUUCUGUGGUAGUCGACUUUUAAAAAUGCUUGUUGGCAAUAAAAUUGACUUGGAUAAUCGCAUAGUUUCAAAAAAAGAAGGUUCAGAUUUCGCCCGAAGUAUGGGGUCAAUCUUUGUUGAAACCAGUGCAAAAACAAGUGAGAAUGUCCGUGAUGCUUUUGUAGAACUUGUUCGUAAAAUACUUCAAGAUCCUGAAUUCCUGUCAUCAACAUCAACGUCACAACCACCUCAAGGAGUAUCCUUUGAAUCUACUCAACCUAGCUCAUCAUUAACAUGUCCUUGUUAAUAUUAGAGGGAAAUUCACAAGAACGUUGGGAAAUACAUUCAGAUCAUUUGGGAUCAAAUACAAUCGACAAUAAACCAAUCAAUCCUGCUUUAAAAUGCAAAGAAAUCAACUGCAAAUUUUUAAAAAUAACUGUGAUUUUACUUAUUCGUAUAUUCAUUCUUCCACCGUUUUUUUAUAUAUAUACAUAUUCAAUCAUAAUCUAAUGUAUUGCGCAAGUGCUUAUUCAUAUGAGAACGCCGUGCUAUGAUGUGACAUUACUGAGUUAUAUCUCUCUUUCUUGUAAUUAAAUUAAUCAUAUAUUUUUGUCAUUAUCUUUGUUCAACAAUAUAAAAAUUAGACCAUCCUUUUUCAUGAAAUACUUGUGAAGUAUGAGAAAUCAUUCGAUGUAACAUAGAAUACAUAUUAUGAUUCGGAUUUGGUAUGCAAGAAUUAUAUUUACUACAUCC